UCAGAUAUAAUGUAUUUCUUAAAAUUCCUAAUAUUAUUUGGUUUGCUAGGCGUCGCAUAUUGCCAAGAUCCCGGUUCUGUUUAUGGAUUUUGUUCUCAAAUUUACGCGAUGAAUCGGUUCUGCAUGAAUCAAAUAACAGGGUCACAAGCUUUUGGACAAUCUGAUGAUGCCAUGCAGCAGCCUAGAAUUGGAAAAGCCGGCCCAAAGGGUGAAAAGGGAAGUACUGGAGAUCCUGGUACCGUAAACUACACUGCUAUAGAAGAGAGCAUCGAAAAGAAAAUAGAAGAAACUGAAAAUCGGAUUAACGUGAAGCUUGAAAGAUUGGAGCGGUUACUUGAAGAAGAAAAAAUGGAAAACGAAGAAAGAUGUGACGAGAUAAAAAAUGUUACAGAUGAAAUAACAAAAGAACGGCAACGGAGAAUGUCGGGAUGUGAAAAGGUGUCGCAAGAUGAUGCAAAAUUGUGGGAUGGCCGUGGAGGAGUUUUUGAUAUUUAUCGCAACAAUAAUAAAUAUGAAGUUUAUUGCGAUCUUACAACAGAUGGAGGAAAAUGGACGGUGUUUCAACGUCGAGUAGAUGGCACAGAAAGUUUUGAUCGUGGGUGGGAAGAAUAUGCUGAAGGAUUCGGACGUGAAACAGGAGAAUUUUGGCUCGGUCUUGAAACGAUUCAUCAAUUGACCAAGGAUGGAACUUAUGAACUAAGGGUUGAUUUGUCCGACUGGAAUAAUAAUGUCGCUUAUGCAAAAUAUAGUACUUUCAAAAUAAGUGGAAGAGAAGAUAAUUAUAGACUGACUGUUUCUGGAUAUUCGGGGACGGCAGGCGAUGCUCUGAACGGUCAUAACAACAUGCAAUUUUCGGCUCCUGACAAAGAUUUGGAUACUUGGGGUGAUCAUUGUGCAAAUUAUUUAAGAGGUGGAUGGUGGUUUUUUGCUUGCGAGAAUUCACAUUUGAAUGGAGAAUAUCUUAGAACCAUGCGAUCAACCAAGGCCGCAGGAGCUGGAAUCAUGUGGUAUCGAUGGAGAUCCGGCCAAACAAUGAAGACGUCGGUGAUGAUGCUAAGAAAAACUUGAAUAUUAAAUUUUCACAUUUUAAUUCGGAUCAUGCGAUCUACCGCUAAAAUUGUUAUCCAAUAGGUUUUACCAUCAGCAUUAUUAGUUUUACUAUUAUAGCAUACUUGCUGUGUUCGCGGUAAAUUGAUCAUAAAGCCAACUACAAAGAUAUUAAAAUUUAUUCAAUAAUUGGGCAAUUUUCCUGAUUCUAAAAACAAAAACAGGAAAAUUAUAGCAUUUAAAAACAAACACUAUAAAACAAAAUAACUAUGCUGCGAAAAAGAUUUUUAUCAAUGAAUACAGGGCAAACAGUAGGCUUACACUAUGGCGUAAUAUAAGUCUAUAAAAUUCUACUAGAGUUGGAUAAGCAAUUAUAUACAUUUGAAUAUUCAUUAAAAUGUACGCGUGCUGUAAAACCUUUCCAUGCGUAAGUUUAUGUUAAUAAAGUCAAAUUU